GGCCAUCGGUUGACGUCAGCUUCCGGGCGGAGGUGGGGCAGUCGCCCGGAGUUGCCUGGGGAGGGGGGGGGGGCUCUUCGUCGUGGGGGCGGCUGUGGGAUUUAGCCCUUGGGCGGCGGAAGGGACGGGGAUUGCUGUCGGGACCCCUACUGAACAUGGAUUUCCUUCGCUCCGAUCCCCAUCAUGAGGCGAUCGCCGAUGAGCCGGAGUACUUGGCGCGCUUUACAGCUAUCAAGCACUCGUGGCGAGGAAGGUAUCGGAGGAUUUUCUGCAUUUCCCAAUCAGCUAUCAUCACUCUAGAGCCAUCCACGUUGACUGUGACCAAUCAAUGGGACUUAUCAGGGGAUUUCGAGUCAGCCGCGCCUGGCGCUGGGGCAACGGGGGGAAGCACGGGGGGGGCAGGCGGAUCGGGAUCGGGAGUAGCAUCGAUGUGGGGGAAGGUGUCGGGCACUGGGGGGAUGACAGGAGGCGGAUUGGGAUUGGGAGGGGGAGGAGGAGGAGGAGGAGGAGGAGGAGGAGGAGGACUGGGAGGCGGGGGAACUGACAGUGGAGAUCAACUGGAAUUCAGCAUCAACGUGAGGUCGGAUGGCAGGGGGAAGUUCAAGGCAUUGCGGUUUUCCUGUAGGUACAGGACCGCGCUGUUGACGGAGCUAUUUCGAUCUGUGACCGCUUUGAGAGGAGAGAGGAGUGUGUUCACACCUCUCCCAACCCAAGAUUACUCCGUGCUGCAUUUCCGCCGGCGAAUCGGGGACUGGACACCCUAUACUUUGCGAAUUACAGUGAUUGGAGUGGAAUCGAGGGAUGCAAGGACAGGUGAUCUGCAUUGGUGCCUGGACUUCAGAGACAUGGCGACUCCUGCGGUGGUGGUCCUGAGGGAUUCUUUCGGUAAUCGUGGCGGCGAUGGAGGGUUCUUCUUUUGCCCUUGCUAUGGAAGAAAACCGAAGGUGUUCAUUGCAGGGCCCGGUACAACAAACACGACCAUUUUGGCGAAAAUCGUGUCCAUGUCAAAGACACAUCUCGGACAUACUGUGGUCGUUGAUUCGGGAUCCGGCAUCGAUUUACGUAGGUUCAUGGAAGAAAGAGCCUUGUGCAUGGUUGGUCCAGAAGAACCACCGGUGGGAGACUGGUCAGUCGUGAGACUGCGAACUGCAGGGCAUGGGACGUUGCGUGUCAUUGGGGUGCCUUUGGGCCAAGCUGGGCAAGGAGGGGUUGGAGGAACUGGAGGCAUUGGGAGUGGUGGGGAUGCUGUGCCGCGCAGGCUGGUUUUGACCGGAACGUCAAUUAUUGAAAGACGUCCCAAUAACUAUGAGGCGGUGCUUAUCCGUCCACUAUCUGCAGUGUUUGCACUAAUCAGAUUUGUCGAGGAGCCUCAGAUGUUUGCAAUCGAGUUCAACGACGGUGGGCCAACCCUGGUCUAUAUGAGCACAUCGCGCGACUGGCUUCUGUCAGCACUCUUGGACACUGUGCAGACGGAGGGACAGCGACCGGUUCCAGUCAAUGCCAGGCCGACCCUCCCUGGGCAUCACCUCGACCCACCCUGUAUAGGGGUACCUCCUGCUCCUCCACCAGUACCGCAGCAUGGACCUGGCCGGCUGUUCGCAGACCUGGAAGGAGAAAUGCUCCAUCUGAAGCAUUUGGCAGCGGCUUCCAGAGAUGCGAUUGCGGAUGCAGGAGCCACACCUGGACUGAAGACCAGGGUUUGGAGGAGAGUGCGGGAGUUCAAUGCAUGUGUCCCCUAUUCUGGUGUUUUGCCAAAUGCAGAGGUGCCGGAAGUAGCCGUGAUGGCUCUGCUGUCGAUGCUGCCACCACCGCCGCCGAUCGACACAUCGCCUAAUGCACCGCCUCUGCCAGCCCCCUCCCAGAACAAAGGUGCCGCGUACAUGGGUGUGCUGGCUUGCCUUCGGCGGUUGCUUGGGGCAACGUCUGCAAUGUCAAUGGUGCUGAACAUGCCAGGGGCUUUGGCGAGGGUGAUGGGCCUUCUGAGGAGUGGCUCAGAAGGUGUAGCUGCCGAGGCUGCCCGACUCGUUGCAUUUGUGAUCGGUGGCGGGCCUGGAGAAGUUGCACUGCUGCUGAAUGUCAAAGGCGAGAGGCAUGCGCUUUUGGCACAAGCUAAGCUUUCCGCCUUUGGUAAUGUACGGUGGGUGGCUGUGCUUGUGAGCCGUCUGCGGCCCUUGGCGGUCUCCCCGCUUCUGUCUAUGGCAGUGGUUGAGGUCUUAGAGGCAAUGCUUUGUGAGCCAUUAAGCGAGACAACUGAUGACAAGAGCUUCGGUGAGACAGUGAGGCAAGUUGCUGCCCUUCGACGAAGGCUAUUUGCUCUUUUUGCACAUCCAGCACCAGGUGUGGUGGAGACGGUCGGAGUUAUGAUGAGAACGAUCGCCGAGGAGGACGCGGUUGCUGCCGAGCCCAUGCGUGAUGCAGCACUUCGUGAUGGGGCGGUUCUCAGGCACCUCAUUCAUGCCUUCUUCCUGCCCGAGGGAGAAAGACGAGAUGUGAGCCGUCAACUUGUUGCGCUUUGGGCCGACGGUUAUCCCCCAGCGAUGGAUCUCCUGGCGCGCACAAUUCCACCUGGCUUGGUGGCGUAUCUCUUCACAAGGCAACCUGUCGUGGAUGAAGCACCAGCACCCCCUCCGGCCAUCGCCAGUGGGGGAAACACCACACCUGGAGGGUCUGGCCCUCAGGGCGGUGCACACUUUGACCUGCCCGACGAUGUGAUGAUGAGGAGGAAGCAGAAGCGAUUGCUGCAGAGACGUCGAGGGAGGGGCCUGCGGAGAGCUGCUGCGAAAUUUGCCGUUGCAGCUGUAGUGGGGGAGGGAUACAGUGCUGCCCUAUCUGGUCCCGGAGGUGUGUUUGACGGGAGUCCUGGAGCAGGCGGUGGGAUGGGUGAUGGGUUUCCUGGUGGCGUGCGGGAGAGCAUUGCGGGUUUGCUUGGCUCUUCAGGUGUGGGAAAUUCUAUUCUGAAUGCGGUAGCAGCGGUCAGUAACACCCGACCAAUGCCCGGUGAGUUCGGUGUCAUGGAGGUUGGUAGUGAGAGCAGUUAUGCUGAUGGUAGUGGCGAGUCUGCUGGUGGUGGUGUCAUGAAUAGGGCGCUGGCACCUGGAGAGGGGGGAACUGCUGAGGGAACCCGUGGACAAGCAGCAGGGGCCGGUGCAGUCCCGGUGGUUAGUGAGUCAACUUCUGCAGGCAGAGCGUUGAAGCUUCGGUACAACUGGCCAGAGCUUUGGGUGCAGUUUGCUAAGGAUCAUCAUCGUGCAGACUUGAUUUGGAAUGAACAGACACGGCAAGAGCUGCGCGAAGCGCUCGAGAAAGAGGUUCACCACCUCGACCUUGAACGGGAUCGCUCAGCAGACGGUGGUGUUUCCGUCUGGUCACCGACUACCGCAAAGGAAGACAAUGCCGAGGAGACGGAGGUGGUGGAACAACGAACGGGGCAGCUGUCAUGGAACUAUCUGGAGUUCAAGGUGAAGUAUGCGACGCUGUCAAGGGAGCUUUGUGUUGGCCAAUAUUAUCUCCGGUUGCUGCUCGAGUUCGGGAGCAACUCGAGCGAUGGAGGCGAGGAUGGUCUUGCUAGCUCAAAGAAUGAGCUUAUCUUGAGAGAUCCACCUACAUUUUUCAGGGCGCUGUAUCACCGCUUCCUUUGUGAUGCGGAUGCAGGCCUGAGUGUGGAGGGCUUCAACUUGGAAACUCUUGAUGGUUCAGGAUUGAUGAAUGACUGGUGCUCUUUGAGUGGUCUUGAGGGAUUCGGUGGAGUUAGUGCACCCAACGCAAGGGAGCUGUGUGCACGGGCAAUGACCAUAGUGUAUGAUCGCUUUCAGUCAGUCAUUGGUCCAUUUGAUGGGACUGCUCACAUUACAGUGCUGCUUGACAGGACAAAUGACCGAGCGCUCAGACAUCAGCUUCUCUUGUUGUUGAAGUCGUUAGUGACAGUGGCAGCGAAUGCAGAGGCUUGUGUUGCAGUUGGCGGUUGUGAGCUUGCAGUUGAUCUGCUGACAACAGCGCAUGAAGCUUCAGAACGAACAGCGAUUCCUCUUCAGUCAAACCUGAUCACGGCUGCAGCCCAUAUUGAUCCGCCGAAGGAGUGGCUGUAUAUGAAUAGCUCUGGCGAGCAAGUUGGACCGAUGGAGAAGGACCGGCUUCGGCGAGCGUUCUCCAAGGGCCAUAUAGAUUGGAACACAAAAUGCUGGGCAGCAGGAAUGACUGAGUGGAAACCCCUGCGCGAUAUCAGGGAAUUGCGAUGGGCUCUUGGUCAUCGACUCGGUGUGCUGACACCGUUUCAGGUUGGCGAGGUAGCAUUGUCGAUUUUGCAGUCCCUGGUAUCUGUGCAUUCAAGUCUUGACAGUGCUGGCGAGCUGGUGUCACCGACACCUAUCGUCAAGCGAAUUCUAUCGAGUCAUAGGUGUUUCCCACACAUCGCACAGGCGCUGCUAACAGGCGAGCCCACGAUUGUGGAAGGGGCUGCAGCUCUGUUGGAAGCAAUAUGUACUCACAAUCCAGCGGCCCUUGCGAAGCUGUAUUCCACUGGUGCAUUUUACUUUUGCCUCGCUUAUGCUGGUUCAAACCUGCAGUCUGUCGCCAGUCUGUUCAAGAUGGCACAUUGUCAUCAAGCCUUCCAUGAUGGUAUGGAUGCUACUGUUUCGUCAUCGCUGCCCCUCGUGAAGCGGAGUGUUCUUGGUGGUCUGCUCCCGGCAUCACUGCUGUACGUGCUGGAAACGGGGGGUCCUGUGAAGUUUGCCGCAGCAAUGGUAGCAGACUCAGACAAUCCAGAGAUCAUAUGGACACAUAAGAUGCGAGGGAAUCGGCUGAUCGAUCAGGUUUUUAAGCACCUUGGAGAUUUUCCACAGAAACUCGCACAACAUUGUCACAGCCUUUAUGAUUAUGCGCCAAUGCCACCAGUGACUUAUCCGGAGCUCAAGGAUGAAAUGUGGUGUCAUCGGUACUACCUCCGCAAUUUGUGCAACGAGAUCAGCUUCCCUCGCUGGGAGAUUGUGGAGCAUGUGGAGUUCCUGCAAUGCCUUCUUGCAAUGUGGCGUGAGGAGCUAACGAGGCGACCAAUGGAGCUCUCAGAGGAGGCUGCUUGUGAGAUUCUGGAGAUCCCAGAGGAGGCCAUUGCAAAAGUUGAGGGCGGCAGUGGAAAAAUGUCGUCUGGUGCUCCGGGGGCUCUUGUUGUUGCAACAUCAGCGAAAGGGGCAGGUUUUGGGCGGGAAGGUUUUGGAGGCGUUGGUUUUUCAAGUUCCAAGAAGAGUUUGGCUUCAAGGAUCGACGAGGAGGUGCUGAAGCGGCAAUACAAGAAACUUGCAAUGCGUUAUCACCCAGAUAAGAACCCGGAGGGAAGGGAGAAGUUCAUGGCUGUCCAGCAUGCAUACGAGACUCUGCAGGCCAGCUUGCAGGGUUUGCAAGGUCCUCAGCCAUGGCGGCUGCUACUGUUGCUGAAGGGCCAGUGCAUCCUAUACAGGCGAUAUGGAACAAUGCUAGGCCCGUUCAAGUAUGCCGGCUAUCCGAUGCUUCUGGAUGCAAUUGCCAUUGACGAAGACGAUACACAGUUCCUGUCGUCUGAGAAGACUCCGCUUCUGGAGGCGGCCACAGAGCUAGCAUGGUUGACGUGUCUUUCUUCCGCUCCAAAUGGAGCUGAGCUUGUACGCGAUGGAGGUGUGCCGUUGCUGGCAAUUUUACUCUCCCGGUGCAUGUAUGUUGUGCAGCCACAAACAGCACCAACCGACUCUCCAGCAGUGAUCGUCACAAAUGUGAUGAGGACGUUCGCUUCCAUCACAGUUUUUGAGAAUGCGAGGACUGAGGUCCUGGAGUGUCCUGGGUUCAUCCUUGAUGUGGUUCACUGCUGUGAACUGGAAAAGGCAACAGCUGCCGUGGACGCUGCACUUCAGACAGUUUCUCACCUGGCCAUUAUUUGGAAUAACUCCACAAGGGCAGAAUUACUUUCUUUCAUUGAAGACCAGAGGGCGUCUGGUGCUGUGGAUGGAGUCUUUAGCUUGGAGGGUGCGAAGACGUUCCAGUAUGAGACAUUGUCAAGGGAGCUGCAUGUCGGAAAUGUGUAUCUGCGUGUAUAUAAUAACCAGCCUGACUUCGAGCUCAGUGGCCCAGAGGAGUUCUGUGAAGCACUACUUAACUUUAUCCGGAAAAAUGUGGACAAGAGGAAGAAAAUUUUGGACCAUCGAAGAAGUGAUGCUGCAGCACGUGACAUGUCAAAUGGGGAGGAGGCGGAUGCCAAAACGGAGGGAGCGGACAUUGUUGAUCCAUAUGGGGGACAUCACAAAAGGGGGUCGAGUUCAGAUGCAGAAGGUAGUACAAUUAGCAGCACAGAAACAGAAGCAGCAGCUCAAGUCAGCAGUGUGCAGGAUGAUUCUGGAGAUAGCAAGGAGGUUGGAACAGGAACCAGAACAGAGAAUGAUUCAAACGCAGCAGGGGAGCAGAUGCAGCUGGAAACAUGCGUGUCUCAACUUGUGAUGGCAUUGACGGCAUUGCAGGUUCCGGAGCUUGCUCUUGCAGUUUUGAGCCGGUUAACAGCGAAUGCAGCAUCAGUAGAAGCUAUGGUAGCUGAUAAAAGUGCAUCACCUGAGAAGAGUGCUGUUCUACUCAUUCUUCAGCUGCUGCACUCGGCACCGCGAUGCCACCAGCUUGCCCUUCGUGUUCUCUAUGCUCUUGCAAGUACACCAGAGCUUGCAUGGGCCACUGCAAAGUAUGGUGGAACACUUUAUGUCCUCGAGCAGCUUCUCCCAGUGAAUGAGGAGACCUCAGCAUCGCACAGGGCAGCGGCCGCGUCUUUGCUCGGAAAGCUUGUGGCGCAGCCAUUACAUGGUCCACGUGUUGCAAUCACCUUGGGGAGGUUCUUGCCAGACGGACUCAUCGCUGCUCUGAGAGAUGGCCCCGGUGAGGCUGUCGUAGCAGCACUGAAUCAGACGACAGAGACACCGGAGUUAGUCUGGAGCCCGGCAAUGGCAGCAUCUCUUGGAGCACAAGUUGCAACUAUGGCAGCAGAUCUGUACAAAGGGCAAACUCAAGGUAGAGUUGAGUGGGAGGUACCUGAUUCGAUCUUCCAGGGAAGGCUUUCCGGAGGAGGUGAUGCCAGUCCACGAGGUCAAUUGGCGAGUGGUCUGCGAGAUGGCCCACAGGUUGGAGGUGUCUACGUACGUUUAUUCUUAAAGGAUCCAAAAUUCCCUCUUCGAAAUCCGAAGCGAUUCCUCGAGGGACUCUUGGAUCAGUACAUCACCGCCGCAGCAGGAACGCACUAUCUCGGAGGCGAUUCUGAACUGCCCUUGUUAUUGUCUGCGGCUCUUGUGUCGCUGCUAAGAGUACAGCCACAGCUCGCAGACCAUGUUGCCCAUCUAGGCUAUAUCACAAAGCUGAUUGCGGCAAUGGCAGCAGAGAGCGGGAGAACACGAAUGGCUGAAGAGACAGAUGCAGAGAGUGUAAGAGCCUCAGCAGAUAAAGGAGGUGGGAUCACUGACAGUGAAGAGAGCUCUGGCGAUAACGUGCUAAUACAAACUCCACAAGAGCAGGUGAGGGGGAGCUGUUUGCGUAUUCUCCAUCAACUCGCGACAAGCACAGCAUGUGCAGAGGCACUAGCAACUCCAAAUGCAGGUGCACCUGAGGUCAUUCCCCUCCUGAUGCGGGCAAUUGGAUGGCCAGGGAUGAGUGUACUUGCCUUGGAGACUCUCAAGAGAGUUGUUAUGGCCGGGAAUCGUGCCAGAGAUGCUCUUAUAGCUCAAGCUUUGAGGGUGGGCCUAAUUCAAGUGCUGCUAGCGUUGCUUGAUUGGAGAGGAGGGGGUAAGCCCUGCCUUGGCAUACAGAUGAAGUGGAACGAAUCCGAAGCAGCAGUUGGACGAGUGCUCGCAAUUGAGGUUUUAAAAUUGCUUGGAGUUGAUGGUGCUCACUCAGGAAGAGUGCAAGAAGUAUUGGAUAGCUCAGAGAUUUGGAGGGCCUACAAGGACCAGAAGCAUGAUUUGUUCUUGCCAUCAAAUGCUGGGGCAUCCCCUGCUGGUGUCGCUGGACUAAUCAAAGGCCCAUCAAGUUUGGCGUAUGCACUCCCGGCUCCGACAUCAUGGAGCAGUCAGGGUACAAACAAAGCGACGUUGUCACCAUUGUCCUUGCCGCCUCCUCUUCCAUCGAGCUCUCCGUCUCCAGCACCCGCAUUGUACUCCAGGCCUCUUUCUGCCAACAUUAGACCCGGCUUCAAGUCUCCAUCGGACGGUUCUGCAUCCAUAGACCCACCACCUGGAAUGCGACGUCUUUAAUGAACGUGGAUAAGAAUGGUGGACAGGGUUUACUAUUGAAAGUAAACGUAACUCCCAAGGUUGGACAAGGAAUAAUAGAGCAGACAACGGCAGCAUCAACCGCCUGUGGUUGCCACAUGGAUUGCUGCACAAGCCGUAAAGAGUAGCAAGCGGUGGAUGUGAAGGUAAUAGGUAGGUGUGACAGCCCACUUGGCCUGUGAAGGUAAUUGCAAGGCUUUCGUAGUGAUCAAGGGCAAAGGUAGACGUAACUUUGGUAGUGAGGUGGUGCUGUUGAUUUGCAGUAUAUAUGCUUUGCAGUAUCAUGCUGAGUAGGAAGAUUGGCACAAGCGUAAUGUGUACUUCACGUCUUAGUAAACACUUGGCACAUUCACUCAAGUCUUUGCUCUGCACUGUCUGCACAUAGUAUGUACUACACGUGUACCGUUUGUACACCGAAAGUAUGUACUUGAUGAUGUGCGCUUUGUGUACCACACGUCAAAGAUGCGCUUGGCAUUCACAAGUUGGAACGUAGUACUUCGUUUUGUGGUGUGCACUACAUCUGUAAUACGUAACGUACUUCGUUGUGGUGUGUACUGCAUCCAUAAUACGUACGUACGUACUUCGUUGUGUGGUGGGUACCGCAUCCAAAGUAUGAAUAGCGCGUACUUUGUUUUGUGGUGUGUAGUACAUCCAUAGUACGUACUUCGUUUUGUGGUGUGUACGACAUCCGGAGUACGACCGAAUUUGAAGUGUGUGCUUGGCAAGUCGGAACAUAGUACGUACUUCGUUUGUGGUUGGUUUAUUUGAAGUGUGUGCUUGGCAAGUCGGAACAUAGUACGUACUUCGUUUGUGGUUGGUUUAUACGACAUAGUAUGACAUAGUACGUACAUAGUACGUACUUCGUUUGUGGUUGGUUUAUACGACAUAGUAUGACAUAGUACGUACUUUGCUUGUUGUAGUAUGUACUUCGUUUGUGGUUUAUACAACAUAGUAUGACAUAGUACGUACAUAUUAUGACAUAGUACGUACUUUGCUUGUUGUAGUACGUACUUCGUUUGUGGUUUAUACAACAUAGUAUGACAUAGUACGUACUUUGCUUGUUGUAUGUACUAUAUCCAAAGUAUGGAUUUGAAGUGUGUGCUGGGCAAGUUGGAAAAUAGUACGACACAAUAUGCACUUCAUUUGUGAUAUGUAGGACGUACUUGGUUUGUGGUAUAUACGACACAAUACGCACUUCAUUUGUGAUAUGUACGACAUCCGAAGUAUGUAUUUGAAGCGUGUGCCUGACAAGUUGGAACAUAGUACGUACUUCGGUUAUUCGGCAAAAGGACUACAGAGUCCAAAGAUAGUACGUACUUCAUUUAUGGUGAAAGGACUACGGACUCAGUACGGACUCCAAACAUAGUACGUACUUCGUUUAUGGUUUUAGGUAAAAGGACUACGGAGUCGAAAGAAUGUACUCGGCAGUGUUGGCCCACAGCAUCUACUUUGUGAAUGCUAUGCGCCACCUUGUAAGUAGGUACGUGUCAUAUAGUAUGUAUGUAGUCCUGUCUUGUGAGUAGGUACUUGUCACAUAGUAUGUGUGUAGGUUUCGCGAGAGCUGGCGUAAAUUUUCAAACUUUCAAAGCAUGUGGCUUCAUCCAUGCUCUUGAGUUCUGCAUGAGUCACACUAUUCUGCAUUUUUUUUUAAUAAUAUAUAUUAUAUUUUUGUCACUCCGCCAUUUUUAUUGCGAUUGGUGCUCUUUCUACCUUUCAGAGUCAAAAGGGAGAACGGGGGGUUAGAUAGGACGGGAGUUAAAUGUGGUGGCGAAUGUUUUAUGCUGUGUGCUGGACGCAGCGUUACAAAACUGGCUUGGCUUGGCUUUGGCUGCACUCAGGCUUUUGCUUAAGUUCAUCAGAGUUUCAUUUCACACAGGGCCUGAUUUACAAAACUCGCUUGGCUUUGGCUGCACUGCAGUUCCUUCCUCUCUCUCUUGUUCGAUCACAACAUUAUCUAAAAAACAUGGUCUUGGCCCCGAUCGUCAGAGCAGUCACAAUUUGAACCCCUGAUCUGCUAGUAUGCAUAAUGCUAUGAUAAUAGCGGCAUUUAGUCAAGGUCGAGGCGAUUGCGAUUGCGAUUGCACUCAAGGUUUACCAUCCAUCCAAGGGGGUUGAUACAUGCACCCAAGGUCGACGCAGUCGCUUGAUGAAAAACCCUUCGCCCUCGAAGGUCUGAGAGCCCCGCAUUGAGGUACCACCAGAGCUGUUGUGAUAAUUUUCAGACUGGUAUCGCAGAGCGGGUGCUUGCCUUGAUAAAGUUGAUAUCAACUUCACAGUGUUCACACUCCUCGACGUGCGAGCAGUCUUGGAGUCUCAACAAGCGUGUCAUGAGUCGGGGAGUGGCAAGGGAUUGCUUUUUUUUUUGCUCAACUGAGGGUAUCGUCAGACUAAGACCUUUUGGACUCACCCCUGACCAUAAUUAGGGUCAGAUACCUUCAGAGGCAGGCAGGCGUGAUUGCUGGCCGGAUACGUCAAGAAAAUUCCGAGUGCGAGUAUAGUUGUGAACUCCAGUAAUCAUGGGGGUUGAGAAUUGGGACAAAUUGGGACACUCACCUCUGGCCAUAAUUGGGGUCAGAUACCUUCAGACGCAGGCAGUCGUGAUUGAUGGCCAGAUACGUCAAGAAAAUUCCUAGUGCGAGUAUAGUUGUGAACUCCAGUAAACACGGGGAUUGAGAAUCGGGACAAAUUAGGACAAAUCAAUGCUAAGAAGGCCCUGGUCUAGUUUGUCAGUGAAUGUGUGUGAUCGAUAUGAGCGAAGUGGACAGUUUUCAGAAUCCGGAGGAGAACUGCUACAUGUAUGGUUAAGACUGCUUUAUAUUGGUCUAGCCAAUCGGUGGUCCCCACCUCGUUCUGAGGGUCCUGUAAGCCUGCCACGAAAGAGUGCUUCUGCAGAGUACGACUUCUGCCAUUAGGGGGCCACCGAGUCAUGUUGUAGGGGUGGGAGAAGGCGAGACGUGAGGAGAUGGUUUUACAAUCGUUCCAUGGAAUUCAGGUGUUUCGACAAUGAAGGAAGUGUAUUAUU